GCCACGUUGUGAGCUUCGUAUUCGUGGUAUUUCGGGACUUUUCACUCGACCAGUGAAUCGAACAUCGUUGUCACUAUAGUGUAUUUGUUUCGCCAACAAAAUCCGUGCAACGGAACGUCGGAGACUGAGUUAUAACGUUCCGGAAAAUUGCAAUUUCCACGUCGUUUCGCCGGUAAUUUUCAACGGUGAUUCUCGCUCCGGCUGUCGUUCGUUUUCCCUGUUCGGUCUAUCGGAGUAGCGUGUGCCCACGAGAGGGGAAAGCAUCGACAGGCAUAGGCACCUUGAUCGUGUGUUUUCCGUUCAUUUUUUAAAUAAAAAAAAAAAAAAAAAAAAAAGAAGUAGAAGAAGAAGAAAAAAGAAUAGUGUGUACAACGUGUGAAAGCGAAGGAAUCACGAUGCGACAACACCGUGAGACGCUCCAUUUGCAGUGGCAGCGGCAACAGGAAGGACAAGACGUCCGAAGAGCAAGAUAGACGAAAAUAGAAGGAGGUAGUACAGAGAAAACGGACUGGCUACGAAGUUAGACAGGAUUUACCCGAGGACGAGUAACGAGACGUUGUUCUCUGAAACGUUUGAAAGGAGCGCGCGGUUUAGCGAACACUCGUUUGACUGGUGGCACCGUUUGUUGUUUACCAACGUCAGUGCGGUUAGGUUCCUAGCGUGUAUUACUUAAGGAGACGGAGAAGGAAAGGAUAAGAGGGACGAAAGAACGCGAUCGCGUUCGCUGAAGGUACCUACAUACAUAUAAAGAGAACGCGUGCUCGCUAGGUAAAGGGAAAAAGGAGCAAGUUGGGAAAAAGAGAGGUAAGCAAUAACGGCAAGUGGGCGCGCGAGAUGCAUUCCAGAUGAACGAUGACGCCGCACAGUCUGUAAGACUCGCGUGGUUUUCACAUUGUAUCGCGCUUAUCCGUCAUUCUCGUGUCAGGACGUAUCGACGAUCGUCGGGCGGGUUAUGACGCGCGCUUAACGCGCUUCGUGCACGAAUAGAAGCGAGCGUGUGUCGAUCGUGUACAACAUGGAGUCCGACACGGCGACCGACUGGUCGUCGACGAGAAAGGACUCCCUCGAGACAUCGAUGCCGAGGAAAUUCCGCAAGGAAUCCUGUCGAACGGGGGGUGCAACACUCAAUUGGGCGAUGUGCGCCCUCUGUAUCGCCAGUUUCGCCGUGUCCGGUCUGAUGAUGUAUAGGGAAUUAGGCUUGGAAUCGCGGAUCGCCACUCUGGAGGCGCGUAUCCAGCAUCAAGAAACACCGGACGUUCUUAUCCAGAGGCUCAGGAGGGAGGUACAACAGCAGAUGGAGGUGCACCGAUCCUCCAAGGAUUCGAACGUUUUUCGGAGCAAACGGGAAACGUCCGACUGCAAUUGUCCACCAGGUCCUCCCGGUGAGCCAGGUCCACCCGGAAAAAGGGGGAAAAAGGGGAAAAAGGGUGACCCAGGGGAACCAGGCCCGCAGGGUGUGGCCGGGACGCCGGGCAAGAACGGUUUUCCGGGACCUAUCGGGUUAGAUGGACCAAAGGGUGAACCGGGUCGAUCCGGCGAGAAAGGGCAGAAAGGAGAGCUGGGAAGUCCAGGGUUCGACGUCUUCUCCGCAGUAAAGGUCAAUGCACAGGGAUUAGGGUUAAAGAGGUCGGUGACGACGCUCCGCGGCGGGACACUCGGCUAUGCGGAAAUCGUCGCUCUGAAGGGACUUCAGGAGCAAGGGCAUAAUAUCUCAGCGCAGACCAUCAUACAACUGAAAGGAGAGCCAGGAGAACCUGGCCCACCUGGGCCACCCGGUCCUCCGGGAGCCGAAGGUCUUCCCGGACACGAAGGUAGACAAGGAACUCCGGGUGAUGUUGGACCAGCGGGUGAAAAAGGAACAGCAGGACCUAUUGGACCGAUUGGUCCGGCUGGUACGCCGGGACUACCAGGUCCUAAGGGUGACAAGGGUGAUAAAGGUGAUCGCGGUAUAACAACGUCCUUGAACGGGGAACCAUUUCCAACUGGAGUAUUCGAGGGACCGCCCGGUCCACCAGGACCACCUGGGCCCAAGGGCGAGAAGGGGGAGCUGGGUCCGACGGGACCACCCGGUCCGACGGCAGAGAAGGGUGCCCGGGGAAAGCAAGGGAAGAGGGGUUUCAAGGGUGAGAGCGGUAUGGCAUUGAUGAGAGGCCCACCCGGCUUACCGGGUCCAAAGGGUGAACCCGGUGAACGGGGUUACCGGGGCGAAAAAGGCGCCAAGGGAGACACGGGCUCAUCAGGACCAAAGGGAGAUCAAGGAUCACCUGGCUUGGCUGGACUCAAUGGAACAGAUGGAGAAACUGGUAUUCAGGGUCCACCAGGAUUACCUGGCAUCUCUGGACCCAAAGGUGAGAAAGGAGAAUACGGUGACAUUGGACCUCCAGGACUCAUGGGGCCACCGGGUUUACCUGGUCCACCGGGUUAUCCCGGAUUGAAAGGUGAAAAAGGAGAGAAGGGCGAAUCGAAAUACAAAAAACUCAGGCGAAGGCAGGGAGACGGUACGUUUGAGGUGAACGCUGGUGAAGUGAUAAUGGGCCCUCCGGGACCACCCGGUCCAGCUGGUACUCCUGGACUCCAAGGUCCACCUGGCAUAAAGGGCGACCGAGGACACGACGGCGCCAAAGGCGAUCCUGGAGAGAAAGGUGCCAAAGGAGAUCCUGGUCCAAUGGGACUACCCGGCCCCAUGGGACUGAGGGGAGAAUCCGGAAAACCCGGGGAUGCCGGGAAACCUGGUGGCAUGACGACCGUGUUCGUCGCUCCAAGACACGCUAUACCUCUGAAAUGAUCCUAGAAGAAGCGACUCGAUAGACAACGAUAUUUCGAACACACCUCGAAAGGAUCUCUUGAUAUGGAUUAACAAAGUUGCCGGAAGUUUUCAGCGUACGAGAUCAUAUCGUUAGCGUAUAAGGCGUAAUUGUAAGAAUGAAUGUUGGCGAAUAAUUAUGAAAGCCGGUUAUUUCGGCCCGCGUCCGCUCUCCGUGUAUCGAAUUGACGGAUUUAAUAGCUCCAUCAAUCGGUAUCGAUCAGGGAAGCUACUAACAAUAUUUCAUCGAUGAACGACGAUUAGGGAGAGCCAGAAGGACCGUCCGUUACGAAGAUUGCGGGCGUUAAUUAGACGACGCUAAAGGAGACCGUAAUUAAUUCGAGCAAAACAAGGAAAUUGUGUCUUAAACCUGUGUGGUGGUAUUAAAGGUGACUUGUACUAUAUAUACGUGGGUGCAUUCGUGUGGAAAUAAUAGAGAAAAAGUGUUGAAAAAUGGAAUACGACGAUCCUUUGAUUUCGUUUCAUGUGUGACGAGAGUGACGUGUCGGGGAGAAACAAAGCGUCUUCCAUAGAUAUCACAGAUAUCUCGAAUUCAUUCUGAUGCUUCUUCUACAUUUUUUUUUUCCUCGAUGCAAACGAGCAUUACGUCGGUGCUGUACAUUUUUAUUUUACCCAAUCGUAACAUUUAGCGGAUGAUCGCACUAACAUCCGUCCUUUUAACGUGCUCUAUGUGUCUACCUAUGCUAUUCGUAUACCUAUAAUACACUAAAGAGAAACUGUUAAUUGAAAUAACGAAAUAGCGUAUAGAAAUGACGCGGUACAAAAGGAAAUUUUGCCUUAAAACAUUCUUACGAGUCGAUAGAUUGAAAAGACUAUACACAAAUGACGAAAUGUUAAUUGAACGAAUUUGUUCGAGUAUCUUUUUCAUUAUAGUAUCGUGUUUCUACUUGUUCGUUGUUUAAUUAAUUCGUUUCACGUAUCUUUUAUUCCUUUGAAUUAUUUUCCGCCUCAGUUAACGGCUGCUUCGUACUUAAACCGGGAGCUGGCUUGCAGCAUUCGUUGCACGUAAUAAUAAUCGAAGCAUUUAUCAUAAUUCCUUUCUCUCUUCCGUUUUACUCCCCCGUGUAUUUCCGUAUAAUGUUUCGACAUAGGCAGAUCAAACGGUUCUCUCGGAAGCAAGACGUAUAAAAGUGACGACAAAGAGUAUGUACCGACAAAGUUAAAGGCAAUUGACCGCGACCAUUUGGCGGAAUUGCCGUUACGCGUUUAUGAUGAGAUAAUUAUGCAGUGUAUUUCAAUUAACAAAGGAAAUGUAUACGAAGUGAAAGGACAAAUCAGAUGCUUUUGUGAUAUAACGUGAACACUUAACAGCCGCUGUAAUCGACAAAUUUUCGUACCUGGUGAAAAUGCAAAGUAUCACUCUGCGAUUGAUUCAUUUCUGUACGCUCCCCGCUUGGUAUUCGUUAUUACGCUUUACCGAAUACCGUAACGAGCAUUAUUUACACUAAAAAUCUCGCAUAACUCUAUAAUUAAAACAUCGCGAUUGGUAGUUAAAAAAAAAAAAAAAAUGAAACGCCUAAAUUUAUAUAAAUCGCGAAUCACAUCGAAAUCUUAUUUUUGUUACGAUAUUUAUUUCUUAAAUAAUGUAAUUUAUUUUUUAGACUCAUCAAGUUUACGCUAAUUAUAGUUUCUUCACUUCGUAACUAUUAACCAUGAUUUUUAAUGAUAGAUUUCGUGAAAGAUAAUUAUCGAUCAAGUACGAUUUGAAAAAUAUUGAACGAAUAAGUUAUGGUAAUACGAGGAAAAUUGAAUUUUAGAUAAGAAACAGAAAUAGAUAACUAGAUACAAGAAAUCGAGGCCUAAAUUACGGUAUUGCCAUUCUUUUGGUUAAAGGGAAGUAUAAAGAAAGAAGUGUUACACCAGGUGCCUUAUUUGUUCAUAUCAACAUCCAUCAUUUUAAACACCCCUAUGACCCUAAACUUAAAAACCAAAGGAAAGUCUAGAAAGAGCCUAACUUAGAACCUCCCCUCCUACAUCUAAAGAACAUAAACAAAUAAGGCACCUGAUGAAACAUUUCUUCCUUCGCACAGCCCCUUAACCAAAAGAACCCUAAACUACCCGUAACAGUACUUACGAAUAUCCUUAUUUGCGAGCCUAGUCACCCCGCAACGUGCAAGGUGUUCACUUGCGUACGAUUGAACGUACGAGGGGAAGAAUAAUCACGAAGCUGUACAGUGUAGAAUACGAUAACGAUGCCCUAACAACGGUGUUAACAAUAUAUCUGGUCUGUCUCGUGCAGAGAUCGCGAUAGCACCCCUAAAUUAUCCUGUGUACGCCCCUAAUCGAAAAAUAUAGACGAGUGCGAGUAGUUUUUAAUUGAGUAAAAAAAGCAAAAAACAAGAGCGUGAAACACACUCGUAUCGUGAAAUCUUGAACGAUGGCAAUGCGAGUGAAACGCAUACGGUAUACGUGUGGAUAUGCGUUUAUCAUUGGUGCACGUAACGUAAAUUA